AGUUCAUCAUGUCUGGAAGAGGCAAAGGCGGUAAAGGACUCGGAAAAGGAGGCGCUAAGCGUCAUCGUAAGGUUCUCCGUGAUAACAUCCAGGGUAUCACCAAACCCGCCAUCCGUCGUCUCGCUCGCCGUGGUGGUGUCAAGCGUAUCUCCGGUCUAAUCUACGAGGAGACCCGCGGUGUGUUGAAGGUGUUUCUGGAGAAUGUUAUCCGUGACGCCGUCACCUACACCGAGCACGCCAAGAGAAAGACCGUCACCGCUAUGGAUGUCGUGUACGCGCUGAAGAGACAGGGACGCACACUGUACGGUUUCGGAGGUUAAACGAUUAAAAGAAAAACAAAACCCAACGGCUCUUUUAAGAGCCACCCACAUUAUCACACAAAGAGCUGAACCUUCAAAUCUUGAUUGUGUGAUGUAGUAGAGUAGUGUUUAUUUCACUUAAAUAGUUGUACGACUGAAAACAUUUUGUCUGUUUAUUAAUAAAUGAACAAUAACCACCCUGCUGAAAAAAAAACAUUACAACAAAUUCUUAUGGUUUCCAUUAAAAUCCCAAUAGAGGAACCAUUA